UCUGUAAGACUUCAUGAAAGCCAGAGAUAUGAGCAACGAAGCAGAGGGGGAUAAUCCAGAUCAAACAAACUGCAAAUGUAAAUCACAUACUCUGUUGUCCUCGUACUGCAUCGACAGUAUUCUAGGAAGGAAAAGUCCCUUAAAAGUUAAAGCAACACCAAACAGUUUGUGGCCCCUUCAACCAGACAUGCACCUGCCGCCGAAGCUCCGCCGCCCCUUCGCCCCGUUGACAGACUCCUCCAUUCACACAGACGAAAAUGAGGCAGGGGGCCCAAGACUGCUACACACAGCCUGUGGAAAAUUAAAAAUGACAGAGGCCUCGCUUGUAAACACCAGUCGUGCUAGAUUGUAUCAGGAGCAUGCUUCUCUACAGUCAUGUAGAGACACAUCUUGUCCCACGCCAAGACCAGAGGAGGAAGAAACUGACAAUGAAAGACUAAGUAGAAAGACAACUGUGUCUCCGGGUCUAAUGGGACUGCAAGAACGAGAGGCAUAUUUGAAACACAGUGAGGAAACUACUUUAUCAGCGGGAAGUGACACUGAAGAUGGGAUGUUAAAACGAAAACAGAGGAGAUACCGGACCACAUUUACCAGCUAUCAGCUUGAGGAGCUGGAAAGAGCUUUUCAAAAGACUCAUUAUCCAGAUGUUUUCACAAGGGAGGAAUUAGCAAUGAGACUUGAUCUUACAGAAGCACGAGUGCAAGUCUGGUUCCAGAAUCGACGUGCAAAAUGGAGGAAAAGGGAAAAGGCGGGGGACCAGUCACACACUCUGAGCCUACACUAUCCUGGAACCCCCCCUGCUGCACAGCCCUUGUGUCAUUACCUGAGUGGGAAUCCUUUUUUCCCAAACCCACAUCCAGCUAUUGAUUCAUCUUGGCCUGCCCCACUCCAAAGACUGGCUCAGCCUCCCCCAAACCCUGCCUCCCCUCAUGGCUUCAGUGCUCUGUUAGGGGCGGCCAUGUUUAGACAGCACGCUUUCCUUAACCCCACUUUUGGAAGACUUUUUACAAGCUUAGGUCCAAUGGCACUGCAAAGGAUACCCCUUCCUGCCAUCGAGAGUCCAAUUCAACGCUCCCACCUCACCAACAACCUUCUCUCCUCUUCACCACCCUUACCUUCAUCUCCAACGGUGGACCUCCGCGCUUCCAGCAUAGCAGCACUGCGUCUAAAAGCAAAGGAGCAUUCUGCUCAGCUGACUCAUAUCACAGCUGCUGGAAUGGCUGGAAAAGAUGAGUGCUAAGACUCACUCUCACUUGAGAGAUGGCAAAAGACCAAAGUCAAGCAGAAGCAUUGAUAUCUGGAGAGUUAGGUGAUUAUUAAUAGAUACAUUAAUAGACACAUGUUCAGUCUCUGGAAGUUGAACUGUAGCAUUCUAAAGCUUUUUUGUUUGUUUAGUGUUGGUUGUUAAUGAGUACUGAAUGUUUUUUUUUUCAUUAGUUGAAUGAUCUUUUUAGAUAAUUUCAUCCUGUUUUCAUUAGGAAAUGGAUAAAACAAUCAUCAAACUUAACAGGACAAGCUGCUUUUAAUCUGUUACACAUCCAACACUUUUUCAAGGUUUGUUCUGUAACAGUAAAAGGGAUGUAUUUAUUCUGCAUCAUACGAUUUUAGGAUUUCUUAAGGCUGCACUUCCUGUGUUCACAGAAUAGUACUAAAAUAGUAUAAGUAUAUGGUUAUGUUGCCAUGCAUUACCAUGAGCUUUAUUAUAUUUUAUUAAACCUAUGAGCCACCAUUCAGGGAAAUAAACAAAAUAUCCAUAUGCUUCUCUUGAUGAAUUAGCCAGGGAAAAUAAGAAAAUGUGAAAGUAAAAAACAGUAACGUUUUGUGUUGUCUUAAAAUUCCUUCUGUAUUUAAUGCUUUAAAUAAAUGGACGAUG